CUACCUCUCUGAGGUACAUCACUCUGUAUUCUUGCAAAUGUGAGCGACCGAUUGAUGAGCAUGUGACGUUUUGUCCUGGCCCUUGGGCUGUCUGUCUAUGUGUCUCUCCGGCCGUAUGUCCGUCCGAUAUUCCGUUCGUCCGCUUUCCUGGCCUGAAAGUGUGUCAAAUAAAGUGCUAAAAGAUUUAUGCCCUGCACCUCCUUUUCCAGCUGGGUCGCUCGUUCGUUCUCUCGCUGUCUAUUGCUCUCAAUAAGUGGCACAAAGGACGAACGACAGGCGCUCACCGCAGGCUUAAGUGUCUCUAACUGCCAGACAGGACACUCAACUGGAUAUCUGCCCAUAUAUGCAUAUUCUUUGUGUGUGUGUGUGCUAUGCUGUUCUGUGCUGCAGUUUUUCACUGGCUUUUGCCUGCUCUGUGGCUGCUGUUCAUGUCCCUUUGGCCCAGGCCAAUUUAGGGCUCUAAUAUCCUGUUUUCCAUUUCAUCUCUCGAUUUGCUUCGGUUGACUGGGCUCACAAACAAAGCAGGUGUUUGUAUAAACUCAGGAUAAUUUAGUUCUUUGCUUAGUUGUGGGUCUAGUAAAUAAAGUGCUGGUAGUUCGUUGCAAACGAUUUCUUAUGCUGACUAUUAUUUGCUUACUAGAGAAUAAGAUCCAGUUUUUCCAAAAACCAAUCAAUUCAACACGUUAUUCGCAUCCUAAAGUGAGGAUUUAACGAGCCAAAAUUGAAUUGAUUUAACGGCAAUUUCCAAACACGCAGCCUUCACAGCUCACAGUUGUGCCAACAAAUGAAUUAUUGCGCACUAAGAUUUCGACACCCACUCCUCCUUUUUACACAGAUACACACACACACACACACAAGGGCUGCAGGGCCGUAGGACAUCCCCCCCUCCCCUCCACACACUUUUCUAUGUCCUUCGCUCUGCAAUCCAGGGACGCGCUUGAAAAAGCAUGAAAAACGUGAAAACCUAGAAAGCGGCAGAGACGUUGGAGGCCAAAAACGAAUCAGGCAGUUGGCGAUGCCCAGAACCACCAACUAAUGACAAUAAGGCGCGAACUGGGAAAAUCCCCCGAGCAGCCCAAACAGCCACCCAACGAAUAUCACGCAUACGCCGCCUUGCCUCGGGUCGCUAACAAAAAUAUCACGCAUACGCCGCGUUGCAACGGCGAAAUCAAAACAUAAACCCAAAUCCAGUGAUUGCAUCGGGUUUUCCUCAGCGCGUGACCAAAACAGAGAGAGAGUGAGGGAGAGAGACAGAGAGUGAGAGUGGAAAAGGUAAAGACCGAGAGAGAGAGAAAUGCUCUCUCUCACUCACGAAGGAGUUUCCCCAUCAUCAUCGCCAUCGUCAUCAUCAUGACGAUGAACAUAAAUGCGACGUCGUGUGCCAGUUGAAAAUUGCAUUUUCCUUCAGUUCUGUUUCAGUUUCGAGUCCGUGCAGUCGUGUUUCACCGCAGUGAAAAGCGCCGUGGAAAAUUUGCAAGCAAAAAAAAAUACAAAACUGCAAAUAAUACAAAACAGUGGAAGUAGAAAUAGAGAAAAGUAAAUAAGCAAACAAGUGCAGUUUCGUUUUGGGCGAGAAGUGUGGGCGGAAAAGGGGAGAUUAAUCCCGCGGACCUAGCAUAGAUACCUACAUUUUUGGUGGUCCCAAAAAAAAAAAACAAAAAAAAAAAGACGGUGUGCUGAAAACGCAGAGAAAGUAUCAGCCGAAGUAACAACAACAACCAUGUCGACGUUACCCUUUUUGCUGAGCGUCGCCGACGAGCUGGACAACAUACACUCACAGUCCUACAUGGACGACUUUGGCCUGGGCUUCCAUCCGCACCGCCAGUACUAUCGCACACCCACCAUCCAGUUGUCCCUGCCCGCCAGCACCGACUGGACGGGAUCGGGUCGCGAUUGGUCCUCGACGGCGGGCAACAGGCACACUCGCUAUCGCAGCUAUAAGUUCUACGAUGACUCACAGAACAAUCUGGAGGAGGAGGAGCCGCCCGUCGAGGAUCCCCAGCCCAUUGAGCCAAUGAAGUUGGUGCCACAGCAGUUGGUCCAGCAGACGACCAACCAGACGAUAUCGGAUCCACAGCAGCCAACGAGUGCAACUGCCACUGCCGCCACUGCUCGCAAAGGAUUGGGCAUGGUCAACUCCCAUUCGCACGAUGUGGGUGUUGGUGGUUUGGGACUGAAUCUGAAAGCUGGCGAGGAUGAGGACGAUGAGAACAUCGAUCGCACGGUGCGCAUGUAUAAUUUGUCCAAGAAGUGCUGCAAGAACUACUAUCGCCACGCCUUGGAGACCGGACCCGGCGCCAGUGGCAAGGUCAAGUGCAGCAAUGCGCGCUCCGAGAGCCACAAGUCCAGCUCCAGUUCGGAGGAGAGCCUCCAGAAGAUACCCUCGCCCAUUGAGUUCCUCACCUGCUUUCUGGUGAAGAAGUCACGCACACCUAAGGCCAAUGUGCCAGUGGGUCAGCCGCUGAAGAAGACAUAGAACUCGGCCCGGCUGCUGCCAGCAGCGUUGUCCACCAGGACCUCCACCAUCAGCUCCACGGCCACCAGUGGAGCCGUGACCAACGCAACCACGGACACGGAUACGACCACGUCGAAGCGGCGCAGCAACUGCUUCUGAAUGUUGGCCGGAGUCGGUGUCGUUUGUGGCCAGGCCUGGAGUUGGCUCCAGCGUUGCGGCGAGCUUCCCAACUCGGAACCCGCCUCGCUGCCCUCCACGCGUCUGGGCAGGAUCGCCUACUAGGUCGCCACCACUCGACCGACUCCGAUUCGCAGUCAGGGGUAUAUAUAUAUUUGGUAUAUGAUUUUGCACUGGGAUAACCUCUGGCGUGAUUGAAAUUAUUAUUGGAAUUUAUGGAAAAGGAUUUUAAAGGGCUACCGUUUUUGUUUUGCACUGGAACAUUCCAUUUCCAUUUUGAAACCCUGUUCAGCAGCGAUUUCUCAUUGCAAGUAUUUCGUAGCCACAAUUUUCAAGAAAUUACAGGCCAAAGCAAUUUGAAGCUUAAAGCGAAACUAAUAUUACCAAUGGAAUAUAAAUAAGGAUAAACUAUUAAACCAACACCGAAACAUUUUUGCAAACCAAACACACACAAUUUUUAAAAGCCAGAUUUAUAACAAAAUCAUAAGAUUCCAGGAAUUUGUUAAGCAAACAUUUUUUAUACAAUUUUUUGAUACCAAGCAAGCGAUAUAACUUAUAUAUGGAUAUUAUAUUAAUACUGGGAAUGUUUGAUUAAAUCAAAAAAAAAAGGAAAUUCCAGCUGAACCGAAACCUCUAAGCACUACCUAUUUCAUUUUUACGAAAGAGUUACAAUGCUUUCAGGGAGAAUUUUAUAAACCUAUUGCCGUUAUACUAAUUAAUUUAACAAGAAACGAUUUCUUUUACAUUUUGAACGACUUUAAGGUGCUGGUUGAGCUUGAAAUUCCUCGCAAUUUUAUAAAUGCUGUUAGCCGUUUUAAGCCAAGUAAAUUGCGGGCUAAUUUAAUGGGUCUUCUGAAACACACACACACACACACAGCAACAAAGAUACACCAAUAGCACUGUUUUAUUUUCACGCAGACACAGGAAAGUUUAGUUUUCUCCCAUUUUUCCCAGCCAACUGUAAAUUGUUGGCAAAAAAAAAAGGAAAUUUUCUGAAAAGCUGGUGGAACUUUUGCACAAUGUCGGCAAGUGUUUUGGGCUCAAAGGGGUGGAAUGGGGGUGGCAGUGGGCGCCAUAAAGAGUGAAACAUGUUUUCAAUUUCCUUUUUUCGGGGGACUGUAAACAAGUCAAUAGCAAACUACGGCUAAGGACAAACACACAGAAGACCUUGGUCCCAAUUUCAAAUUAGUAAAAGAGCAAAACAGGAAAAAUUGAAAAUAAAAAAUGAAACGCAGAUAAGAUUUUGUAGCAGAAUUGUAAACGAAAAACGUUGGCGGUGCUUGCGUCUAGUUGAAAGCUGGAGUACAGAUAUAGCAGAAUAAAUAUAUAUUUAUAGUUUUGUAGUCAGAUAUUCUCUUGCGUGUUCUAAAUAUAUUCUAAAUGUUGAAAAAUCAAAUAUUUCAAAUGUAUUUACAACUAAUCAAGCAGAUCAUUUUAUAUAUAUAUCUAUACUGUAUGUGUAGUCACACUGUUUGCACUUUUCAGAGUUUAGAAACGAAAAAAAACAUAAAAUACAAGUACGGAAAAUAUAUCUAUGUAUGUCUCAGAACUCAUAGCUUUAUCACAAUACAAAAUUUGAAGUCGAAACUCAGCAUCAUAUUUCUCAGAUAAUUGUAAUACCUAAGAGCUCCAAAUCGAAAUCACAAAUAAGCCACAAACAAAAUGUUAAUAAAAAAUUACCUAGCUGUAGUUUGGAAUAACGAUUUUUGCCAGUAGCUCUUGAAACACUUUUAUCUAGAUGGAAAAACAUUUUAACAUUGGCCAACUCGGCCACCACUCAUCUAACCAAUAUAACCAAAGUAAUUUAGACGUUCCUCAGAACACGAUCAUUUGCAUGGCAAUGGAAAACCUCUCGUAACUACAUACUUUAUCAACAAUGAAAACACUCAACGCAUAUCAUUCCAAUACAAUAGAUUUCAGCUAAAUCAUAUUCAACUUGAGAUUCAAUAAAUAAAUAUGCGAAACUAUAUAUAAAAGGAA